UUCACAAAAUUUGUUUAUUUUACGAUUCUGAGCAAUACUUACUUAACAAUGAGCUCCUCCUCGGCAACAACAUCCGCUUUUUUCAGCUUAGAUACGGCGGCGCUGGAACGCGAAACAGAGGUCCUGAGUGAGCAGCCUAUAACGUUCGAACAGAUCUGGAACGAGACUCAUAAGAAAGUCAGCAACGGUUGGAUACGACAAAAUGGUUACAAACGGAUCUGUCUGCAAUUCCCCGACGAUUAUUUGCCACAUAGCAACGCGAUCAGCACAUGCUUAAAGACAGCACUGGCAUCGGAGGAAUGUAAGGUUUUUAUAUUGGCAGACACCACAUACGGCAGCUGCUGUGUGGAUGAGAUUGCAGCAGCUCAUGUGGAAGCAGACAGUGUUAUUCAUUUUGGUAAUGCGUGUCGCAGCAAGGCCAGUCGCUUGCCGGUUCUCUAUUUGUACCCGGAGCUGCCGUUGGAAGUGCCUGCAAUGCUGAAACAGCUGGGCACAUUGCAGCCGGAGUGUGGAGAGCGUGAGGUGUGCAUUUACUUUGACAUCGGAUAUCAGCAUCUCUAUGAGCAGCAAGAGCAACAAGAGCCAACCGAGGGCGAAGACACGCUUUAUAGCCAAAUCCGUGAGGUGUUGCUUCCCAAGAAGCUGCAUAUUGAGGUAUAUCCACCUCCUGCCGAAGAUUGUGCCGAGACUAAAACAGCGGAGAAUGCGUCAUCAGGUGAUAGAAUCUGCGUCUUUGUGGGUGCCGAUAAUCAACGCUUUGCAAAUCUGUCACUGACCACAACGGCACUACAGUGGUAUAUCCUAGAUGGCGCCACGGCCACACUAAGCAAGAAAAAUCCGCUAACAGCUCAAUACAUACGCAGACGAUACUACUACAUUGAAAAGUGCAAAGACGCCCAGACACUGGGACUAAUUGUUGCCACGUUGAGCGCUGUCGGUUAUCUGGAUGUUGUAACGCGUCUGCAAACUAUGGCCAAGAGUCGUGGCAUCAAGACACAGCUCAUCUCCGUUGGACGCAUCAACCCCGCCAAACUGGCCAACUUUCUGGAGAUAGAUUGCUUUGUGCUCAUUGGUUGCGCCUUCAACAAUAUGUACAAUUCCAAGGAGUACUAUAAGCCAAUUGUUUCAGUGUUCGAGGCUGAAAUGGCCUUAAAUCCUGCCUGGCAUAUGAAGUACCCAGAGGCGUAUGUCACAGACUUUAAGCAGCUGCUUCCCGAGGGACGCAGCUUUCUGCCUUUCGACAAGAAUGCUGUGCAGGCUCAGGAUGUGAGCCUGGUUAGCGGACGCAUUAGAGGCGGCACUGACAGCGACGAGACUGUAGAGACGGCCAGUGAUAAUACGGUGGCAACACAAGCUAAAAUGGCAUUGAUGACAACCAGCACGGGCUUAUCCUUCGAGGAUCGCACUUGGCAGGGCUUGGAUCCGGCCUUGGGUCAAACCGAGCCAGCUAAACUGCAACAGGGACUCAGCGGCAUUCCCAUUAAGUACUCCCAUGACUAGAAUAAAUAACAAUCAUUGAAACUAAAUAAAUCAAAACGAUCAAAUAUUACAGCAUA